AUGAGUUACUCCGGCCCUGGAAAUAAUAGGUCGAACUCCGGCAGUCGUGCGGGUCAGCAUUUCGGCACACGAGGACAGCGUCUCGGUGGUGGUGGUGGCGGCCAUCCACAUCAAACUCGCAGCCAGGCUACAGCGUAUGUUCCCCAACGCUCUCGUCAGCCCCCUCACAUCGUGUUCAUCGAGGAGGAAGAUGACGAUGACGAUGAGUACGAAACUGACAUCAGAGACUCCAGUCCCCACGGGUUCCACGAUGCUAUGCACCAUCUAGCCGACACUAUGGCGGAUCUGGACAGUAUGCUCGGCGACGGGCGACAAGGCCACAGCAUGCGAGAAUCUUUCGGCCCUGGUUUUCCCUUCAACGAUGCGGGCGGUAUUCCGGGGUUCGACGCCCUUCAUAUCGGUAUGGAUGCUGCGUUCGAUAGUGCAUUUGAGGGAGCCUUCAGCCAUCCCAUCUUCUCUGGAAACGACGUCGCUCAUGAGCCUAGAGCUAAUAGACCUGGAAGCAGUUUCGGCGCGAACUUUCCAUUUGGACCUGCCAGUAACACUCCUAUCCAUGUUGGAGGCUUCGGACGAGGCGAAGACCUGCCUUUCCAUACCCACCCCACCCCACCACGUCGAUCUGGGUACGUUCCAGUCCCUACACGAGGCGGUUUCCCAGUCGAGUUUGAGCCUCAUCCCCUCCCAGCAGACUACCAACCCACUGAAAGCAGCGAGCAGCGUAUCAACAACUUCGUCGCACGCAAUACCGAGCCCCUCACCGCCGCCAAUACGACUAGCACGACAAACACAGAUUGCCCAGUCUGCAUGGAGAAUGCUGCGGCUCAUCCAUGUGUGAAGAUCAAGGGCAUCCAAGGCUGCGAACACAUGAUUGGACGAGACUGUCUCAAAGAAUUCCUGAAACAGCGGCCGGAUGACGAAAAGACAUGCCCUCUUUGCCGAGCUGUCUGGCUUGCAGAGAACGGCGUUUGGCAAGAUUCGGAUCAGUGGAGUGAGCGUAUUGCUCAGGCGAACCUAGGUCAUCGUUUCGCGAGGUGGUGA